AUGACUACUUGGAACCCCGAGGAACAUGUCCAUCAAGAUAUCAAGGAUCUUAUUGAUAGGAAAACUCCUAAUUAUACUUUAGCAUUAUUCGAUAUCUUACAUAAACUGAAAUUACAAAGACGUACAGGAUGGAUUAAUAAUGGGAUUGAAAACCCUGAAUCGAUUUCUGAUCAUAUGUAUAGAAUGAGUAUAAUGUCAUGGAUUCUAAGAAGUAAUGAGAUAGAUUCUGCACGUUGUAUGAAAAUUUCAUUAGCUCAUGAUAUGGCUGAAUCUAUAGUAGGAGAUAUUACACCAUUUGAUGUAAAGAUAGAUAAACAUGAAAAACAUUUACGAGAAUUAUCUACAAUAGAAUAUCUGUGUAACGAACUAGUUAAACCAUAUAAUCCAAUCGCUGCAGAUGAUAUAUUGGCUGCGUGGCAUGAAUAUGAAGACCAAACUACAAUUGAAGCUAAAUAUGUAAAAGAUCUCGAUAAAUUUGAAAUGUUGGUACAAUGCUUUGAAUAUGAAAGGAUGUACGAAGGUAAAAAAGAUUUAUCACAAUUUUAUGGUUGUCUUAAUGAAAUUACUACCGAUGAGGUUUCUGAAUGGGCAACAGACUUAAUGCAAGAGAGAAGUCAAUACUUUGACAGUUUGAAGGAAUGA